CAACACGUGUCCGACGUCACGCCCGUUUGUCCAUUGUCCAUCGCAGGUGCGGGGCUCUGACGCACUUCCGUUGCAUCCUCCAACCCGACCGCAGGCAGCCGAAACAUUACGUGUGCCUCGACUGCUGACCGACGGGGGCGAGGAGAAACGACAGUGCCUGCAAGCCCGCACUAUUUCACACACCGACAAAUAAACAAACACCGGAGGACCCAGGUGGUACGUGCAUCCCAUAAUAUCAUCCUGUCCCCGCCCAAUCGCUUGCACAGGUGCGGGGAUCGUGGCUGCAUGUCUGUUGGCUCGUCAACCCCAUCGGCAGGCAGCCGAAGCAUUCUGUGGGCCUCGACUGCUUGCAGAGGGAGAAGAUCAGGCACAGUCACGUAGCAACGAUAUCCCGGUCCCUUUUCACCGAGUACCUAAAAUUGUGUGUGUGGAUCUCCCGGCUCAUUCACCCGUUUAAACAAAACCCACCCGAGAGAGACUUUGCAUCAAAAAGAAUGGGGGGAUCAAAAAGAAAAGGAAUAGGUCGUUCGUGGAUGUCAUCUCAGGUAUCUCAUCUUGUUGUCGCCGGCAAAUCGCUGUCAGCCACGCAGGCAGGCAGGCAGGCAGGGAGGGAGGGAGGUGGGGGAGAAAAAUCACAGGGGCAGUCAGUCAGUCAGUCAGUCGUGCAGGCACGAAUGCAUGCAGGCAGGUGAUAAAUAGGCAUACACACGUGCGUGUACAUUGUGACAUCCAUCAGGCAGCGACCCAGCACUCGCUGGCCCCGCCCGGCCAUGAAAAAAAGUGAAGACUAAACCAGCCAUCCAUCCAUCCAUCGAUGGCUGGCACGUGACUUGGCUGAGUCUUCGAUAAAGAGACUGAAUAAAACGUGCAUUCCAUUCCGGCCGUCCACUCACCUCCCCUCCCUCCCUCUCUCCCUCCCUCCCCCACACCACACAGGCAGGCCACGUUAUACACAGCAGCAGGCAGCGUGGAGCAUUUAUUGGUCGCACACGCAAAAAGCGUCGGAGUGCUCCGACGGUCGGGCGAUAGACAGACAGACAGACAGAUCGAUCAAUCACACGAUAAACCCCCCAGCACACGCCACACUUCCUCACAAUACAAUCUCUCGCACAAUAAACCAACCAACCAACCAAACAACCACCUACUUACCGAUACGAAGACCCGUCUACCUCUACCUACGCUACGCCCUAGCUACGUACACACAAUGGUACACACAUUCCAUGCACACAUUACACUUUGCUCAUGAAGUCGGCCGUCGUCAGGCCGCCGCCGCCGGCCACGCUGACGGUCUCCGAGUAGGGUGUGGGAGGGGCGCCGCUGUCGACUGUGGUGGCGGCGAUGCGGUCGGUGAGCAACUGCUGGCUCACCUUGCCGUCGGCGGCCUUGUCGAUGCCGUUCUCAGUCAUCAGCUCAUCCUCCUUGAGGGCGACCUCCUCAACGGGGUGGAAACACGAGUACACCUGACAUGCGCACGCCACACAUUGACAUGCACGUGCACGUGUUGUGUUGGGUCUAUGGAUUGCUGGCUGGCGUACGUACGUCGGGCAUGACGAUGCCGGUGAAGGUGAGCAUGAUGCAGAUGAAGGCGAGGGCCAGGCCGACCGCCUGCAGAUACGCGGGGUAGCCCGCGUAUCGGCCGAAGGGUUGUGUGCUGCUCCAGAAGACCAAACCCAUGAGGAUCAAGGUCGCUGGCGGGAUGAAGAACUUGAGCAGCAGCGACCACACUAUCGUGAUGGGCCAGUUAUUGCCCUAUGUCAUUGCAGAGGCACAAUGAAAGGAGACCGUUGACACAUGGGUGAAUGCAUCUGCGAGGGAGGUUGCUGGGUACCUUACCUGUGCGCACACGGUGUUGAGGUCCAUCCUGAGUGUUUCGAUCGUGCCCAGGUACAGCCACCAUGCGCGCUUCUGAAUGACAGGCACACGGACGGGCAGAGACCGCAGCAAUCCCAUACGUAGAUGAGUGCAUGAAGGGGGUCUCGGUCUCCGACGUGUGUACCUCCAGGCUCAUGUCUUUCGCCUUUGUCAGGCCGAGUGCCGUAGCAGAACCGAGAACCAUGAUCACCGCGCCAACCAGCGGCCCCGCAGUCGACCCUGCAAACCACACCGGCAACCGCACACACAAGUGCAGCCAUCCGUCAGUGCACUUAAGAUCUCUCUCCUCCGGUUGCUCACCGACGGCAGUGUCUUCAGCGCCCAGGCCGACCAUCAUGCCCACAAACGCCCCGCCGAGCCAGGCCGCCAUGGCGCACACCUCCGCCACAUAACCCACCUUCUCGCCCACCAGUUGGAAGUUGUAUACCCAGCCCCCCGCCACGGCAUGGAUCAGACCUAUAAAGAGAAAAGCGACGUUGUUGAGGUAGAAGUCCACAGCGUCCAAGAGGAAUAGGCCGAUGUCGGUGGCGUAGACGCAAGACACGGCGAGGCCGGCCAGACACAUGGCCGUCACCACUCUCCACCGCUUGACGCGACGAAGGACGAUGGAGUCCUGAAAUGAACACACACACAGAGACACACGACGGGUGUGUGAAGGCGUAUGGAGGGGCAUCUGUGUAGGUCAGGUCACCAUGAGGGCUGUGACGGAGGCCUCGAUGAGAGAGAAGGCCGAGUCGAUGCCCAGCAGCACCAGCGUCAGGAAAAACAACACACACCUGACAGACAGGCAGACAGACAGACAGGCAGACAGACAGGGGCGUGAAGGAAGGCACACGUUGAUGUGUGCUGUCGAUGCUCCUUGCUGACCAGACAUGGCUGCCCGGUAGGAGGCUGAGUGCCACUGGAUAUGCCGUAAAGACGAGGCCAGGACCAUCCACAGGAAGGUAACCCAGGUUCACUCCCGCCUGGUCAGCCAAGUGACCCAACACCGAAAACACCGCAAACCCUGAACAGACAGAUAUGCACGUACGCUAGGACGGCUGUCUGUCUGUCUGUCUGUCUGUCUGUGUGUGUGGUUUCUCUCUGCGCGGGCUGCCUACCAGCCACAAAUGACGUUAAGAAGUCACAGAAUGAGAUGAUGAGGCUGUCCUGGGCCACGUUGCACGACUUGCGGUUGUACGAAGCAUCUGUCAGCAGAGAGAAAGUUGGUGGGGUGGAAGCGAAGCCGUGCAUUGGGGAGUGCAAUUGCAAGAUGUCUUGUCGUGUUGCGCUGCUCACGUACACGCAGUCAGCACGCCGAAACACAGGGAGAGCGAGAAGAAGACCUGGGAGGUCGCUUCACUCCACACAAUCGGCUCGUCCUUCAGCACCGACAGGUUCCACUUGCCUAUAUACGCCUCCACCCCCACACCGGCGCCGUCCAGCGUCAGGCCGCGUAUCAUCAAGAUCACAAUCAGGAUGAAGGGCAUCAGCAUCGUGAAGUAGGUGACACGGCCGGUGACGAAGACCCCACGGAACAAAGAUAGCCAUAUCAGAAUCCAGACCACGAUCAUCCCGUAGAAGGUGUACAAGAGGAAGUCCUGCGCGCCGACAGCAGCCUCCCCAGCCAUGACCACCGAGUUAUCGAAGAAGUCUGUGGAUGCGGUGAGCGCGGUGCUGUCAGUUGCCGCCACCCACGGCAGGGUGGGGUUGAAGGACGCCACGAAGUAUCUCAGGGCCCAGCUGAUGAUGAGGUUGUAGUAUGUGGCCAGCACGAAGGCACCGAAGCAUCCGCUGGCGCCGAUGCCCCUCAGCCGUCGAUGGAUGGAAGCCCACGCCACGAAGUCGCUCCCCUGAUCGAUCACCGACACACACACACAGACAGACAGACAGACAGACAGACAGACGGACAAGAUGCAGCCAGUGACGUGACGUGCCACCUUACUAUACGCUCACCCACCCACCCACUCACCUGGAAGACUUGUCCGAGUGCCAGCUCCAGCGUCAUGAGUGGUAUGCCAAGGAAGAACAGAGCCAACACGAAGGGAAUAAAGAACGCACCUCCGCCCCAUUUGAACGACAGGUAAGGGAACCUGCAGGCAGCCAUACCACGAACACACACAAUGACGCACGCCUCAACAAGUCUGGUUGUUGGGUUGUUGCGUGUUGUGUGUAUUCAUCGCUUGCUUGCCUCCAGAGGUUGCCGAGGCCGACAGCGGACCCAACAGCGGCGCAGAUGAAGGCCGCUCGUGAGCUCCACCUCUCGCCUGUGUCAAGGGAAACACCGCAACCGCAGAUCUGUCAUGAAUGUGGCCUUUACUUUUCUUCUGCUUCGCUCACGGUCACUGUCAGGCGCUUUCACCGCCUCCAUCAUCCUUUUU